GGGCGGGCUCCAAUCCGGUUCCAUCCGGUUCUCCCACCGUCGCGGGUCGCAACAGUCGGGGCGGCGGGAGGAGCAGCGUUCAGGUCUCUCAGCUAGGUGACGGCCCUCUGCUUCGGACGCGCCCGCCGAGGCCACUACGAUGCCCAAGAGGAAGGUCAGCUCCGAGGCGGCGGGCAAGGAGGAGCCCAAGCGCAGAUCGGCGAGGCUGUCGGCAAAACCUGCUCCUGCCAAAGUGGAAUCGAAGCCAAAAAAGGCCGCGGGAAAGGAUAAGUCUUUGGACAGAAAAGUGCCGACAAAAGGAAAAAGAGGCGCAAGGGGAAAGCAGACAGAAGUAGCCAACCAGGAGGCCAGAGAAGACCUGCCCACCGAGAAUGGAGAGACUGGCAACGAGGAGAGCCCUGCCUCUGAUGAAGGAGAAGAGAAAGACGCCAAGUCCGGCUGAUCCGCAUCCUGCCCUCAGUCUCCCCGCCGCCCUUGUACAAUCCAGAGGAAUAUUUUUAUCAGCUAUUUUGUAAAUGCAAGUUUUUUAGUAGCUCUAGAAACAUUUUUGAAAGGGGAAAG